CCCUCGGACCUGAGCUCGGCGCAUGGCGCUUCCCGGGAGAGCCAUGGCCACCUUCCGCUUGGCCCUCAUCCAACUUCAAGUUUCUUCCGUCAAAUCAGAUAACCUCACUCGAGCUUGUGGCCUUGUCCAGGAGGCAGCAAGGCAAGGAGCCAAAAUAGUUUCUCUGCCAGAAUGCUUUAAUUCUCCAUAUGGCACGAACUAUUUUCCUGAGUAUGCAGAGAAAAUUCCUGGUGAAUCCACACAGAAGCUUUCUGAAGUAGCAAAGGAGUGCGGCAUAUAUCUCAUUGGAGGUUCCAUUCCUGAAGAGGAUGCUGGGAAAUUAUAUAACACCUGUGCCGUGUUUGGGCCUGAUGGUGUUUUACUGGUAAAGCACAGAAAGCUCCAUCUGUUUGACAUUGAUGUUCCUGGGAAAAUUACCUUUCAAGAAUCUAAAACAUUGAGUCCUGGCGAUAGUUUCUCCACAUUUGAUACUCCUUACUGCAGAGUGGGCCUGGGCAUCUGCUACGACAUCCGCUUUGCAGAGCUUGCGCAAGUCUACGCACAGAGAGGCUGCCAGCUGUUGGUGUAUCCUGGAGCUUUUAAUUUGACCACUGGACCAGCCCACUGGGAGCUGCUUCAGCGAGGCCGGGCUGUUGAUAAUCAGGUGUAUGUGGCCACAGCAUCUCCUGCCCGGGAUGACAAAGCCUCCUAUGUCGCCUGGGGACACAGUACCGUUGUGACUCCUUGGGGGGAGGUCCUCGCCAGAGCCGGCACUGAGGAGGCGAUCGUGUACGCUGACAUAGACCUGAAGAAGGUGGCUGAAAUACGCCAGCAAAUCCCCAUUUUUAGCCAGAAGCGAUCAGACCUCUACGCAGUGGAGGCGAAAAAGCACUAAGGUUUAUAUUUCCAAUGUGUCACAAAAGGAAGAUGUGUUUCUGCACCAUAAUCAACUCCCUGCUGAAGUCUUUAAUGGAGUUCGUUUUGUUUUUAAUUUCAGCCUUUUCCCUUCCUGGGAGCUUUGUUGAAAUGGUGGAGCAUCAGCACGCUGAUACUCUCCACACCGUAUUAAAUAGUCAGAGAGGACUGAGGCUGGCAGUGAAGAGCAGGAGGGGGGAGGGCGCAAAGCCUUCUUCCGUACUUCAGUUCCCUCAGAGCAGCUGAUGGAAGUGUCAGAUCUUGGUGUCCCGGUGGUCGAGUCACCUGGUACAAAUGCCUUUGUCGUGAGCCUCUUGUCUCACUGCUGGAGCUGGAGGCCGUUAUGUAGAAAACGGUCUGGUGCUGCUCUUUUUCCAGCAGUACCUUACGUUUUGGUCUGUGAAUGUCUAUGGGAAGCAAGGUGAUGGGUCCUUGCUGUUUGUAGCCCCACCCUUGCAGCAGUCUCUGGGCUCUUCAAGUUCAAGGAGCCAACAAUUCGCCGAGAGCCUCCUGGUCGAGGGGAAAGACUGUCAACAGUGAGCCCCGUGGAGAGGGCAGUGGCAGCGUUUGCUCGAGUCAACUGAAGAUGAGUCUGCAUCACUGAAAGGAUGAGUGUCUGCACUUGAUCUUAGCCAGAAGGCCCAGAAGUGAUGGGAUGAGUGUCUGGAAAUCACUCUUUCUUUUUUUUUUUUUCCUUAGGAUAAGAAAAUAAAUUUAAUGACAAGUGUAUAGGCUAAUAGCCAACAAUAACCACUAAUUCAUUCAAUCGCUAUCUAUGAUAAGUGGGCAUUUUUCACCCUCCUGUUGUGCCAGUUGCACAGUGAAGUUAGAGGGUCUUGGAGCCAAUUCCAGAUUCUCUUUUUCUGACUGUCAUCAUCUCUUUCCUAUCUGACAAUCUUAAAACAGUCGCUGCUUUCUUUCUGGGGCUUUUAUGCCAGAGACUUUGAAGAAGCUACUUCUCAGCCAGCUCAUCCUGGAAGUAAAGACAGACCCGGGUUUAACAUAUUCAUCAGUUUUUUUCAGGACAGUAUUGACCCAAGACUGGGCGUCUUCCACAGGAUCAUUCCUCCGACUUCCAAGAGCAUUCCGUAGCAUAGCAGCUGCAUAUCAUCCUCUUGUAUGUGAUGCGUGCUUAUCCUCUCAGCUGUUAAUCCUAUGAAAUUUACUGCGGCUGCCCUUAGGAAAGGCGGAGGACUCUUCAGGAAGCCAAAGCUCUGGGACAGUAACUCCCCUCUGAACUGUUUUUGGCUUAUGCCCACCAGGUACUUGCAUGUUUCUUCCAACACCAGGAUGUGAUGGCUGAGGGUGGUAAGUCGGAAUGUCUGUGUGAGUGAUGACCAGCCAAUCACAUUAGCCCCCUCGGUCAGGGCCCUCCACAGGUCUUGACUGCCUCCUUGUUGUCCUGAAUGCUGGGCAGCAGUGAGACUAGAACAGUGUGGAUCUCUUUUCGGAGGGAGGAUCCAGGCUUGAAUGUGUGAACUCGAUGUAGCAUGUGGUCCAGGGCACAGGUGGCUGAGAUCCUCAGCUGGUCCCUCUCAUCGUUGAUGAGCAGACACAGUUACUUGGAGAUGCUGCAAAAGACAACCUUGAUGUCCUCUCCCUGCCCAUGGCAGGUGAUGUUCCUCAGGCACUUCACUGCCUCACUGUUGCUCGCACCUCCUUCUUCAGGAAGUCUUGCAGUAAUGGAACCAGGCUCUUCAGAGACUCUUUGUCCUGGGUGCAGUGCCAGGGUACUGAUUUCUCAGAGCCCAGUUUCCUUCAUGAUGAGGUUGGGCUCCCUGAUCCACUUGAUUAGAUUGUCCAGAAAGUCUUGCCCCAGAGUCUCAGCCACUGAUCGGUGCCAGAGGAGCUGCGCGUAGAACGUCCUGGCCAGGAUCUUCCGACGAUCAUCGAAGCUGUAGAGGAGGUUCCACACAAGGUUCAGGGUUUGCUGCAGAUUGGGCGGGUUCACAGUUCUUCACGAUGCCGCUUGUGUGGUCGGUGAUCCCUGUGUAGUGAAAUCUGGGGCAGGACAGGAGGUCCCAGCAGCGAUGCUGAUUUGCACAGACCACCACUCCAUCAUAUGCAGCUGACAACAGCACCAACUUCACUACCUCCAUGGCACACAACUAGUGGGGUCAAAGGGCUUGCUCUUGCCGCCUGGGCCCCCGUCUUUGCUGUAGACUACCAGCUUUGGGGGAACAGUUUGCUCAGUCACCUAGCAGAGAUGACACAGCACAGCCAGCAACAGCUGGGGGAAGAGUUCUUAGACGGCCUCCUGGCACAAGAACCCUGACAGCAUUUCACACAAGGCACAUGCCACCUGAGAGAGGACACGAUGGAAGGAGGGAUGCAGAAUUGACCAGGCAUGGUGAAGACAUAAAAUGGUCCACAGUCCCAGACACUGAGUCCCGCCCUGCCCUCCCUGUCACUGCCCAAAGGGCACAGCUCACUCUGACUCAGGCUUGUACGAAGCACCCCAAGAUUGAAAGCCCACUGCUCAUCCCUAGGGAAAUGAGGGGGCCACACACAUGCAACUCCUCUGACAUUAAAAAGAAAAAGGGAACCAACUCUAAUCUGUCAGCAGAAAAUGAUUUGGGACAUACUUUGUCCACUCCAAUUCGAGACAACCAAACCUCCUCUGCUCCUAACCUCGGUGCCACACCCCAGUCCUGAAAAAAUGAGUGCCAGCCCCAGAAUUGGGAGACAGAGAUGAUUAACUCUGAACGUCCAAUUCCUGUCCAUAAAAUAGAAUUGAUCCCUGCUCUUUCUACAUCACGCAGUUCUUGGGUACACAGUUGCAAAAAGGAAGGUCAAGUGCUCAUCAAAUCUGCGGUAUUAGUGAUUCCAGUGUUAACCUCUCCUCUGUUCCUCCCUGAGACCAGCUCCCAUCCUGCAGCUGCCCUUGAUCUUCAGCUCUGCCCCCAAGUCCACAAACAGCAAGUCCUAGGCUCUCUCUCCUCCUGAAAUCGCUCUUUUUGUUUUUCUCCCUAGUAACACUUUCUAGCUUGAUAAACAGAAGUUUUUAGCCUAGUAGUUCUCAGAAUCCUUUUGCACAAUUAAAAAUUAAGAGUUCUAGUGAGCUUUUGUUUAUGUUGUAGCUAGUGUUGGACUGGUAAGUGUUGAACAACCAGCUGUCUGAGAAAAACCCUGAUUUUAUAGUAGUGUUUGCCAGUUUCCAUGGUGUAACUGCUUAGACCAUGGCCAGGUUCAAGCUAUCAAUGUGAUACCUCUAAGCACGGAGCUGGGGUGCGCACAGUCGGCUCCUGUGAGCUGUUGCAGUCCUGCUCUAACACAUCACUGUUACAUAGAUAGAGAUGUUUACCAUAUUGGAAAAUAAAACAGGAAAUUUUAAAACAAAAGAAUACAUGAGCACACAUUGCAUUAGCUGUAAGAAUGAUGACAUCAUCUUGUGUCACUUAACCUUUGGAAAACAGCACCACAUACUCAGAAGAGUACAAGAGUGAAAAAGGCAAAUGACUUUUUAAAAUUAAGUGUACAAUUUGGUAAAGUUUGACACAGGUAUACAUCCAUGAACCCACUCCAAUCUAGAUAAUGAACGUACCCACCACCCCCUAAAAUUUCCCUGUGCUGUUUUAUAAUCCCUCUAGCUACUCCUCUCGUGCCUAGGCAAUCACUAGUCAGCUUUGUCAGUAUAGAUCAGUUUGAAUUUUCUAGAAUUACCUAAAAAUGGAAUCAUACCAUAUGUAUACUUUUUUGUCCGUCUUUCACUCAUAAUUAAUUUGGAGAUUCAUCCAAGUGCGUGCAUCAGUAAGUCAUUCCUUUUUUUUUUGCUGAGUAAUAGUCCAUUGUAUGGAUAUACCAUAAUUUACCCACUCACCUGUUGAUAGACAUUUGAGUUGUUUCCAGUUUGGGGCUAUUACAAAUAAAGCUGCUAGAAACAUUUUGUACAA